AUGUCAGAGAAUAAGGGACUGUUUGCCAUGUUUGGUGCUGCUGCACCUGCUCCAGCAUCUGCUCCCAUCAAAAAGGCUGAGGAUAUCAAGACAAAAGAAGAAUUAGCCCGAGAAGCAGCUUAUGUUUUGAAACACAAAAAGCAAAUCAACGGCGCAGUAUCAGCAACUGCAGCAGCCAAUGGAUCCAGUGGAGGACAAAUGCUCAUCACUGUCAAUGACCCUUUAAUUGCUCGCAUUUUGGUCCGUUUGGAUGGCUACAUUUUCGGUGCUCAACAACUUCGCAUUCGAUUCUUUGAUCCAGUCUUAGCAGCAGCAGUGGCAACAUCAGCAUCUCCAGCAGCAUCAGAGGGCAACAAAAAACUAUCGACAAUAGACAUUAUGCGAAACUUUCUCAAGAGCCGUUGGAACGGAGAGAUCAAGUUCCUGAAUUUGGACGACAUGAUUCAACUAUCUGAGCAAGAGAUUGCCACUGUUCAUAAGACUGGCCGUGUGUUGCCUCUGGACAACAAGCCCAACCUGUUCGAUAACGAAGUCAGCCAGUCUGCUGCUAUUGAUUUCAUCUCCAAAUAUUAUCAGCAAUUCGAUACCAACAGAGCCGUAUUAGCAGCUCUCUACGACAGCAAUGCUAUUUUCUCGGUUACGUCCAAUGUGAAAUUGAGAGCGCAACAAAAGCUGAGACGAAGGGAUAAGAAGAAGAUGAUGGACGACGAAGAAAAGUUGACUUGGGCAACGCUCAGCCGAAAUUUGAUGGGGAAGUCAAAGCGCCAAGAAGGAAAGGGGCUUAUGGUUGGGCCUGAGGUGAUUGGAACCACAUUAUGCAGAUUACCUACUACCAUUCAUGAUUUGCAAAAGGUGGAAGACUUUGUUGUCGAUGCUCAUCAAUCACCUGUUGGGCUUUUGAUCAGUUUACAUGGCGAAUUCAAAGAGGAGGAGUCUACACCACCACUUUCAUAUGAUCGUACCUUUUUACUUCGUCCUGCCACACCAGAUUCACCUGCUAUGGCGUCUGGAUGGCCAUAUAUCAUCAUGAACGAUAUGCUGUGUGUCAGAGAUUAUAUUGGCAACCAAGGCUUCAAACCUCAAGCUGCUGUGCCUACAAGUAUAUUUGCUUCAUACCCAGGUGUAUAA